AUGAUUACGAAUGUUCUGGCAACGAUGGACACGAAUACGAGUAUGUUCGGACGCAAAAAUGGCUGUACAAUUCCUUGGUAUUGCGCCUGCUUGCUAGGCGUUUUUUUUCUAUUCUGCUUGGUCGCUACUGGUUUAUUAGUAUAUUAUUUUGCACCUUGUCACGAGAAGCAAGUUUCACCAAGCACGGAAACGGAUAUUUUCUCUCCGACGAUACCAACAAAGGAAGAUAUAGAUAUUAGAUUACCGAAAGAUGUUUUGCCGGAUUUGUACGAAUUAUGGCUGAUACCAUUCAUAUGGGAAGGCAACUUCACCUUCCACGGCAAGAUCAAAAUUUUAGUAAAUGUGACAAACGAUACAAAUAAUGUUACCUUACAUGCCGUCGACAUAAAGAUUGAUGAAGACUUUACGAGUAUCAGGGAGUACUCGGCUAAGCUCGAUGAGAGUAAUAAUGAAACUACGGUAAUCGGGAUUGCAGAGCAGAAAAACGAUACCGAUAGACAAUUUUAUGUGAUUAAAACUUCGAAUAAAUUAAAAAAAGGCAAGCAGUACAUCGUACAUCUCAAGUUUAUUGGAUAUUUGAAUGACAACUUGCACGGUUUCUACAGAAGCUCGUAUAUGGUUGGCAAUCAGACAAGAUGGAUUGCUACAACUCAGUUUGAAUCGACGGAUGCGCGCCGUGCUUUUCCAUGUUUCGACGAACCAGCUUUGAAAGCCAAGUUUCAAAUCAACAUAGCGCGUCCUAAAAACAUGACAUCUAUUUCAAAUAUGCCCAAAAAAGAGGAAACGACGCUACUGCCCGAUUUAGAUACGUACGUGUGGGAUCAAUAUGAGCGUUCGGUACCGAUGUCUACGUACUUAGUAGCUUUCAUAGUUUUCGAUUUUGAUGUGAGAAAAUCAAAAGAUGGCGAAUUUAGAGUUUGGACACGCCACGACGCUAUUGCUCAAUCAGAAUAUAGCUUGAGUAUUGGACCAAAAAUGCUUAAAUUCUUUGAGAACUAUUUUAAGAUUAAGUACCCUUUGCCGAAGAUGGACAUGGUUGCUUUACCAGAUUUCGAAGCUGGCGCCAUGGAGAAUUGGGGAUUAAUGACAUUUAGAGAGACAGCAAUGUUGUAUCAGGAAGAGGAGGAUGGUAUAACGAACAAUGAUAGUAAGCAGUUAGUAGCUCUAGUAUUAGCACAUGAGCUUUCGCAUCAGUGGUUUGGGAAUUUAGUAACUCUAAAUUGGUGGACAGAUCUUUGGCUAAAUGAAGGUUUUGCCAGUUACAUGGAAUACAUUGGCACGAAUGCGGUGGAACCGGAAUGGAGGAUGCUGGAACAAUAUGUUGUUCACGAACUUCAAAGUAUAUUCAAUUUAGAUGCUUUAGAAUCUUCCCAUCCUAUAUCCAUUAAAGUUGACUAUCCGGAUGAAAUUAAUGAAAUCUUUGACACUAUUAUUUAUGUAAAAGGUUCUGCUGUAAUAAGAAUGAUGGAUCAUUUUCUUACAACAAAUGUUUUUAAGAAAGGUCUGACUAAUUAUUUGAAUGAAAGAGCCUAUCAAAAUGCCGAGUCAAAUGAUUUAUGGACCGCUUUGACCAAACAAGCUCACAAAGACAAGGUACUUGAUUCAAACGUAACUGUUAAGAAAAUAAUGGAUACUUGGACUUUGCAAACCGGCUUUCCCGUAGUUACUAUCUCACGAAACUAUACCAAUGGUAGUAUCAUGCUGACACAGGAACGAUUUCUGCUUGACCACAACAUUACAAGAAUCACAUCUGAUAAGUCGGAACCAUUAUGGUGGAUACCAAUCACUUAUACGAGUGAGAAGCAAUUAAACUUUAAUAACACUCAACCUACAAUUUGGAUGAAAGCAGAACGUUCGAUCACUCUUAAUGAUUUAGAUGUAAAAUCAUAUGAGUGGAUACUUUUUAAUCUGCAAGAAACUGGAUAUUACAGAGUGAAUUAUGAUAUAGUAAACUGGAGGUUGAUAAUCAAACAAUUGAAUAAUAUUAAGAACUUUAAAAAUAUCUUGGUAAUUAACCGAGCACAAUUGGUUGAUGACGCUCUUAACUUGGCCAGAGCUGGCAAACUUGAUUACGACAUUGCUUUCAAUGUCACGUCUUAUUUGGCCCAUGAAACCGAAUAUUUGCCCUGGAAAGCAGCUUUCAGGGCUAUAAGUUACCUUAAUAAUAUGUUAAUUAAAUCACGGGGUUACGAUAAAUUUAGGUUGCACGUAUUAAAUCUACUCAGUAAUGUAUACAAGCAAGUCGGUUUCAUUGAUAAAGUGGAAGAUCCUCAGAUGACAGUCUUCAAUCGAAUUAAUAUUUUAAAUUGGGCAUGUUAUUUCGACCAUGAGCAUUGCGUUAUGAAAGCUGUGCAAUACUUCAAAUAUUGGCGUAACACUCCUAAUCCGGAUAUUAAUAAUCCGAUUCCACCAAAUUUGAGGGGAGUGGUUUAUUGCACGGCCAUUCGAGUAGGUGGACAAAGCGAAUGGACAUUCGUUUGGCAACGGUAUCUAGCAACCAAUGUUGGAUCGGAGAAGAAUCUGCUUUUACAGGCAUUAUCUUGCACGAGAGAGAUAUGGCUGUUAAGUCGGUACUUAGAUUGGGCUGUGACGGAAAAUUCGGGAAUCAGAAAACAAGAUGCUACUCGGGUUUUCGAAUUGGUUGCUAGUAACAUUGCCGGACAGUCACUCACGUUUGAUUACAUUAGAAACAAAUGGAUGGAUCUUAGGGAAUAUUUUGGAAUAUCAUUUUCAAUAUCAGCUAUAAAUUCUAUCAUACCAUCGGUAGCAGGAAAUAUAAAUACAAGAUAUGAACUCAAAGAUUUGGUAGAGUUCGUAAAAGAACACCUGGAUGAGUUUAGUAAUGCGACAAGAACUCUGCAGCAAGUAAUAGAAAAUGCGGAAUCUAACAUAAAAUGGUUCGAUAAGUAUCAUGAUAAGAUUUAUAAUUGGUUACAGAGAAAUGUUGUAUAAAAUUAAUAAACGUAUCCCUAGAAUAUUAAAUGUAAAAGUAGACUCUACACAAAGAAUAUUUGUCGCCAGAUAUCUCUGUACAAUUACUGUUAAGUAUAUUUACGCAAACGACCAUAAUAUUUGCCAGGUUGCGUAGUAUAAGUCUGUCUUAUGAUAAUUGAUUUGUAAUAAUGAGAUACAUUGUCUCGGCUAUGACAUAUCCGAUAUAUCAAAUUAACGUAUAACGUUGUAUUUGCGUGUA